GAGACGAAUUUACUCGUCCCUAAACUGCCGAGAGGGACAGAACGCGCACAAAAGGGGGGGCUAAGUGUUUUUGGGAACCGCAAGUUAUAACGACACAAAAAGCAAAAUACAAUAACAAUAAUAAAGAAACGAGAACGUUUCCGAGAAAUAAUAAAAUAAAAAAUACGAAAAUACGAAAAUAAUUCCCAAUUUCUUCAAAAGUCCCUUUCACGUGUUCCUUUGACAGAGAGAGAGAGAUUUAUUUCCCCAAUAAGAAGAAAAACAAGGGGAAAAAAGAAAUUUCCUUCUUUGAUAUUGAAUUUUUUCGAUUCGACGGGAGAAAAAAAAUACCGGUAUUCGUGGAAAAUGUAAUUUUCAAUUGUAAAAAGGGCGUUCGUUCUACGCAGUGGUGAUUUUUUGAGCUCAUGGCUUGAAAGAAAGAAGAUAACGCAAGAAGGUUGUUUUUUUAAGUGCCAAGUUUAUCGCUAACAGCCAGGAUGCACGCGGUGGGAUUGCAUUCGGCCUUGGCCAUCAAGCGUCAACGAAAGCGUCGGGACGAGCAGCGUCGCGCUCGAGAACGUCGUUUCAGCAUUCAAUCAGGCGAAAGUGGUUUAACAUCCCCAAGAGCGUCAACCGGCUCCUUGGAUCAUCCACCAAGACAUCAUAAAGCCGCCAAUUCUCAUCGUGCCGCCGGACAAAGUAUGGUCGACUCAAAAGUCGUCACAUCAAUUGGAAUGCUUCACAUUGGCGUCGUAUUCGUCGUACUCGGAGCAUUCCUCCUCGCCAGUGGACUAGUACCCAGCGAUUUCUCAUCCUGGGGCACAAAGACGACCGGCAACUGGUGGAAUGAACUUGUCAUUACCGGUCUCUUUGCCGUCUUCAUUGGCAUAUUCCUCAUUAUUCUAAAUCGCGUCAUUGCCCGACGCGAGGAAUCCGAUCUCGAGGAAUACGUCCAACGACAAUUGACCAGAUCCAGAUCAGGUCAUCGUCUCGAGAGAGACGUCGAAACCGGUGGCCUCACCACUCGGCACGCACGUCGCGCCAAACAAAUGCGAAACACCACAUCGUCCGGUUCCAUUCAAACCCCAGACGACGACAAGAGUUCCAUAUCAUUGCCCAGGAGUCCACCGCCAGCAUAUUCACCAACAUCACCCUCAGUAUCAAACGGUGACCAUCAAAUACCAAUUCAAUCGAAUUUAUUUCUCGAACAAAUCACCGAGGAGGAGGCGAUCAGCGAUCGUUUCGAGACGUCGACAACAAACAGUAUCAGUCCUGGUUCUCCCAGCGAAACAAGGGAGCUCAUUCAGGCGAAUUCAAAACACUGCAGGCAGAAUGGCACUCACAAUCCGCAGCGUCAGUCUACCGAACGCCUCCCACUCUAUGUUCACGUCUCUCGAAUUUAAAUCGAAGUCCGUUUUUUGAUGUAUAGCUCUACAACGAAUGUCUUCAAAAAAAGUGUAUUUCAGCGCUGUACUUUAGAAAAUUAAAUUAAAUCCCUUGCAGCAAGAACUAGACGCUGCUACCACUAGUAGUGGUCCGGUCAUCCUCUGGUUCUUCCUGGUUACAAAAUUCUAUACAAAAGAUAGUGUACAAUUAAAUACACAACUAUGUUAUACAUUUCUCUCUCUAUCUCUCUCUCUCUCUCUCGAUGCUGCAUUAUCACUAAAAAAUAUGUAUUACCUAAGACAAGAAUAAGUCGAAUCUUAAUGUCGCAACAAAAAAUAUCGAGAGGCAAAACUGCCAUAAUGUUUACUAAAAAAAUAACUUUUGUCUAAGCUCUGUAUAUUCAGAAAAAAAAAUAUGGAUAUGUCUCAUCACUAUUGUGAUAAAUAGAGAUAUGAAAAAUUACGAGAAUUAUAUAUCGCAGAGAGACGAUUUUGUUUCCCGAGUUUGACAAUGAAAGGAUUUCGAGUUUGAUCGUAAAAGGCUGAAUAUUUCGUCCAAUUAGGGGCUUUUGGGAUUAAGGUUAUUGAGGGCGAUGAAUAGGGUAUUAUAAGUGAUAAAAGAUUAUAGACUUUUAUUCCGUUUUAAGAACAGUAAAAGAAGUUUUUUAUGAAUAGGCUCUUGAUUCCUUUUUUUUCUUUUAGCAAACAAUACCGGAGAAAAUUCAAUUAAUUUUUGAUCGAGCAUUUUUAUUUCGUCGUUGGGUGCAUGAAAAAAAAGUUCUGGAAUUGUAUUCUAGAGACUAUUAGUCAUUGCUACCAUUU